AUGGCGUGGGGUAAGAAGGCCGGCGUGGACGACCUGCUGCAGAAGCUGAGCAACCCCAAGACGGCCAAGAGCCUCUAUGUCAUGAGCACGCGCUCCAUCAGCGACGCGGACUUCGGGCGUCUGGCGUCGAGCAUCAGCGGCAACUCGCAGCUGGAGGAGUUGUAUCUGUCGGGCCACAAGGUGGGCGCCCAGGGGCUGCAGGCGUUCGCCGACUGCCUGGCGGUCAACUCGACGCUGAAGCACUUGAGCUUGGGCUCAGAGGCGCUCGGGGACGACGCGGUCAAGACGCUGAGCGCCGGUUUGGCCCGCAACGCGCAGUCGGCGCUGGAGAGUUGGGACCUCGAGUUCAAGUCGCUGGGCGUGGACGGCGCGGCGGCGGUGGGGGAGCUGCUUAAGACCAACAAGUCGCUCAAGACGGUGACGCUGUCGCGCAACCAGAUCGGGGACGAAGGAGUGAAGAAACUGGCGGAGAGACUGAGCGAGAACGCGGAGGCUGGCGUGAAGGAGCUCAGCGUGACGGACGUUGGCAUCUCGGGCGCUGGGUUGGACUCACUGGCUGCGCUGGUGGAGAAGGAGAGCUGCUCGCUCAUGACGCUGCAGGUGUCGUUCAAUGGACUGGAGACGGCGUCGUCCAAAUUCUUUGAUGCCUUCAAGACCAACAAGUCGCUGACGAAGCUGCAGAUGAAGGAGUGCAAGUUGACUGACGACCACGUUGCGGCGCUUGCGGCUGCGUUGAAGCAGAACUCGACGUUGGUGGAGGUGGAUCUGUCGGACAACGAGCUGACGCAGGCUUCGUGCGCUGCUCUGGCUGAUGGACUGCGUGAUAACAAGACGUUGAAGAUCCUGCGUCUCGAAAACAACAAGUGCCAGGACGAGGGCGCGGUGCAGCUGGCCGAUGUGCUCGCUACGAGCAACACGACUCUGACGUACCUCGAAAUGGGUAACAACGCCCUUACUAGUGUCGGCAUGACGCCUCUGCUGAAGGCCCAGUCGCUCAAGGAGCUGCACCUGUUCAACAACAAACUCGGUGAGGGUCUGAGCGAGCUGCUGCCGGCGCUGCUGGCGAACUCGGCCAUCGAGACGUUCGGCAUUGGAGCCAACCGGCUCCACGAGGCGCUGAGUGUCACGCUAUUCAAUGCGUUGCACUCGCACCCGUCCCUCAAGACGCUCGAGAUGGGAGGAAACACCCUCGGCCAGGAGGGCCACAACGCCCUCGACAGGCUCAAGGAGGCCAACCGCUCGCUGGACGUUGCUGUCGACAAGAACGCGGCAAACGAGGACGGCAGCUUUGACUUCCAGAACCAGCAGUAG